AUGACGCCUACUGAACCGUCCGAGUUACAUCGAUGUUCUUAUAUACUACCUAAGAAGGGUAGGAGUUGUCGGAUGCUUGUUAAAGCCGGAAAUAAAUUCUGUGGUGAGCAUGCCGUUUUCAGUUCUUCCAAUGAGGAUAGGAUACCAUGUCCAAAUGAUCCCAAGCACACUGUGGCUAGAACUCAGUUAGCUUCACAUCUCAAAGUUUGUAAUUCAAGAUUGCCAGAAGAGCCUUGGAUUAAAGAAGGUUUUAAUUGUGUGAAAGGAGAAACACGCUACGAUGACAAGAUUGACUUGAGACCCACAGCCGGAGAAAUAUCAGCUGUCAUUGAUAAAAUUAAUAAAUGCCAUGACACAAUCUUGUCAGAAGUCGAAGAAGCUUUCUUGGAAAUUCCUCUGAUAACGGAGUAUCUAGAGAAGAACCAAGAGUUGAAUGAUAAAAACAAGAAGCAUUUAGUGCAAAUAGCCUCCAUCAUAGGUCAUCUAACCAGUUCCGAGCUGUUGAGAAACAAUGAAUCUUCUUGUCUUUUUGAGUUAGGAGCUGGAAAGGCUCAACUCUCUUAUUGGAUGGCUAAGCAAGCUCCUAAGUGUAAAUAUUUUCUAAUGGAUAGGAGUGGGUCUAGGAAUAAGUAUGAUAACAAAGCCAUUCAAGAAGAUCCUUCCGUGAGCUUGAAAAGAAUACGUUGUUCCAUAGAGCAUCUUGAUUUGUCUGCCGUUGACUCACUAAAGGGAGCAGAUUCGUUAUCGGCAGUUUGUAAACAUUUUUGUGGAAGCGCCACAGACGCCGGGAUUCGAUGUCUUUUGAACGGUGUGAAGAAUGGAUUGCCUCUUGAUGGUUUUGUAUUGGUCCCAUGCUGCCAUCAUAAAAGUCGUUUAGUAGAGUAUUGCGGGCAAGAAUUUUUGAAAGAAUGGGGAAUUGAGUCGGACGCUGAUUACGCUGCUCUGAGACACGUGGCGUCUUGGGCCAACUGUGGUUUUUCCGAAAACAAUGGGGAGAAGGAGGAGAAGAAAGAAGAAGUAGAAAAGAAAAAGCCAAAAUUAAUAUUGGAUGAUGAAAUACAAGUCAGUAAGCUUCGAUCAGGCCGAAAAGCUAAGAUUUUGUUCGAGAUGGGUCGUGCGAGGUAUAUCUCGAAAAUGGGAUUCAAAACGAAAGUCCUGAAGUAUACGAGUUACGAUGUUUCACCGGAAAAUUUACUUAUCCUAGCCACUGCGUAG